AUGGCCGUCGUCUCCAUGUCCACCGCCGCAGGUUUCAGAGGAGGCCUCUGCUCUGGCUUCACGGGUGACUGGGGCUCGACUCUGGCCGGCGCGGGCGGCGCCGAGCGCGCGCUGUUGCCGGCAUGGGCGGCCGCGCCUGGGCACCGUGCGGCGAGGCCCGUCCGGUCCUGCCCGUCGAUGAAGAACGUGAACGAAGGGAAGGGCGUCUUCGCACCGCUCGUCGUCGUCUCCCGCGAUGUCAUCGGCAAGAAGGCCUUCAACCAGCUGCGCGGCAAAGCCAUCGCCCUCCACUCACAGGUAAACCCCAAAGACCCUCUUCUCUCCGGUGCCGCCCGCAUCUUCUUCUUCCCCACCGGCGCAGACGGCGGACCUGACCGCGGGGGCCGCGCAGGUGAUCACGGAGUUCUGCCGCACAAUCGGCGCGGACGGCAAGCAGCGGCAAGGGCUCAUCCGACUGGCGAAGAAGAACGGGGAGAAGCUGGGGUUCCUCGCCUGA